AUGGUCGCCCUUCGUCCACUCCUUUCCUCCCUCGCCUUCGCCGCCCUCGCCCGCGCCGGCGUCACCGUCUACAACCAAGUCGGCCAGGCCGUCAUCGCCACCGGAACCAACACAGCCGCCGUGGCCGGCUCGACUCUCGCCGCCUACGACACCCUCGUCCUCAACCCGCCCCCGCUCCCCAACCCGCUCCCCGCGACCUCCUUCUUCCAGCAGCUUGCCCAGAAUGCCAAGGACGUCCCGGGCCUCUCCAUCCCGCUCAACGGCAACUUCUACGGCUUCUCCAUCGAAAUGUCGGUCGUCACCCAAGUCAUCGGUUUGAAUGGGUCGUACAUCCACCCAGAAUUCCUCAACUUGAUGUCCGUGGUCGCCGCCCGCACUGGCAGCGUGUACAUCCGAAUCGGCGGAAACACGCAGGAAGAAGCGACAUGGGUUGAGUCUUUGGACGACGGCAAGGCGAUCGAGAAGAACAAAGUCAACACGAACAACCCGACACAAACCCCCGCGCUGCUCUACACGUCCGAGAUCUUGCACAUGCUCAGCAACAUCUCCGCACUCGUUCCCGUCAAGUGGUACCUCGGCGUGCCCAUGAACGACACCAGCCAACUCCGCUUGCAGAUUGCCCAGUACGGACAGCAGAUCCUGGGCGACAACCUCCUCGGUCUCCAGGUCGGGAACGAGCCUGACCUUUAUGCUCGCCACCAGCACCGUCCGUCGACAUACGGUCCUUACGACUUCUUCGGCGAGUUCGGAGAUGUCGUGAAAGCGAUGAAGGCGCAGAACUUGGGCACGGACACCAAGCUCAUCGGGCCGAGCUUGGCGACGGGCGACUGGACCCCGCAGAUGAUGUGGGAAACCAACUUCCAUACCACUUACCAUGAUAACCUCUACGCGCUGACUAUGGAACACUACCCCGAUGACAACUGCGCCGCCUUCUACUCAGGCUUCGGUGAGCCAAAGGAUCCCCAGGUCGAGUUCGCGAACUACCUGAACCACAACAUGGGCGUCAACACGGUCGCACAGUACCUCGGCUCCACUGCGCUCGCGCAGCAGGUUGGGAAGCCGUUCAUCAUGUUCGAGACCAACUCGGCCUCGUGCGGUGGUUACGCCGGUAUCUCGACCUCGUUUGGCGCGACGCUCUGGGCGCUCGACUACGGCCUGACGAUGGCGGCGAGCAACUUCUCCCACGCGCUCCUGCACGUUGGUGGCCAGAACGUGUACUACAACCCCUUCACUGCGAUCCCGACCAACGAGUCCGCGUACCACGACUGGACCGUCGGCCCGAUCUUCUACUCCGUCCUCGCCGUCGGCGAGACGCUCGGUACAACGGGCACCGCGCAGAUCAUCGACCUCUGGCCGAACUCCAAGUCGAUCUACACGCCCGGCUACGCGAUCUACGAGAAGGGCCAGCUCGCGCGCAUGGCGCUCUUCAACUACAUGACCGACCCCACCGGCGCCGCCGCGUACACCAUCAGCGUCGCGAUCGGCGGCGGCACCACCGGCCAGCCUGCGGGCACGCCCGCAACACUCCGCGUCAAGUACCUCAAGGCGGACUCGGUCGGCACGAAGUACAACAUCACCUGGGGCGGGCAGACGAUGGGCGGGAUGAAGGCCGCCGACGGACGCAUCAAGGGCGAGGAGGCGCUCGAGACGAUCACGUGCAACACCGACAACACCUGCAACAUCCGCGUGCCCGCGCCCGGCUUCGCGCUCGUGUACUUCUCGGACGGCGCGCGGAUCGAGAGCGCGCCGGACACCGCGGCGACGUUCGCGACGAGCGCGGUGACCAAGUACAAGAACACGGCGACGAUCGACGAGGCGGUGCUCGCGACGAGCAACGGGAACAAGGGCAUGAGCGGGAUGUACGGCUCGACGAGCUUUGGCAGCAACGACGCGCCGCGCGCCGUCGCGGGCGCGGGCGCGCUCGCGCUCGCGGCGGCCGGCGCCGUCGUCCUCCGCGCGUUCCUGUGA